AUGGCGUCGCACGCAAGCCGACGAUGUUCGCUUGCCUGCGUGAUGGUAAUUGCGAUAACAGCCCUAUGGACAAGCCCAGCAUUCUGCCCUGGACGGCACGUGUCAACAUCAGCCACGCAAGGACUGGCUCCUGUUUGGGGCUUUGAGCCGUCUGGGCUUUCAAGAAGACCUGGGACAGACUUGUCGCGAUCCGUUGGCCCACUGGGCCUCAGGGCAUCCAAUGACGACAAGGGCUUUGCAGACCUGCAUCGGAUCCUGCGCGUGCAGGCGGUCGGCUCGGGCAGGGGGAGCUUCAUCUUGGAGAUGGGAGGAAUCAAAGUGCUGGUGAAUCCCAACUUGGAAGGCUCUUCCAUCCAGCCUGAGAAUGCGCACGAGGAGUUUGAUUAUGUUUUCCUCUCAUCAGAAGAGCCAGAGUUCUUUCACCGCCCAACAGUCAACAAGAUGAAGCUAACAAAGGUCAAGUUCGUGACCUCACAGAAGGCCGGCCAAGAGCUUACCAAGAUGAUGGUGCGAAACUUGGCAGUGCUUCAAAAUGGCCCCGGCGGACAAUGCUACCUGCAGGGCAAGGACAAGGCCGCUGCAGCGCUUGGCAUCCUAUCCGCGCCCGGUUCUGGUCAGUUCCCAUGGGAAAAGCAGGAGCAGGGUUUCAUCUUUGUCAACUUAGAGACUGGAGCAGCGGUGGCCUAUGAGGCAUUCGGGCAGUUCCUCAGCAAGGGCGCAUCCUCCAACAAGCCCGACAUCCCUGAAGAGGCUUACCAGGUAGAUUUUCUCAUAACGCCCAACUUGGGAGAGGCCGCCGCAGUUUGCGCGGGACUCGCGCAGAAGGGCGCCAAGCUCCGAGGAGUUUUGCGGCUGCCAGGUGAAGGCCCCAUCCAGGAGGAGGACUCCAACCCACUGGCUGCCUUAGAUAAAGCCAUGGGCGGCAUUGAAGAUGAUCCCGAAGAGUUCCGCAGCUUUCUAAAGGAGAAGGGCUCGCCACUCUCCGACAUCAAGCUCCUAAUGGCUGAGGCCAAUGGGGAGCCUGUGGACUUGAAGUUGGACUAG